UGGCUACAGUUGUUGAAUCUUCCAUGCACCUGUGAGCUUGCAUGCUGCUGGAACACCAUCCAUUUCUCCCAGAACUGAAAGGACGCUGGUGUGAAGGACAUUUACUACCAUGACUUCCAGUGCGUGGUGGAAACUUCAGGUGCGUGGUCUUAUGGGCAGGCAUCUUCGGGUUCACACUGUAGAUGCGUUCAUAUUGUUGGCUCAUUCAUUCUGGCCCUGGGAGUUGCAGCUUCCUGUAAGGUUUGGUGCAGCUGAACCAAGAAAGAAGGCAUAUGCAGAUUUCUUCAGAAAUUAUGAUUCCGUGAAAGAUUUUGAAGAGACGAGGAAAGCUGGUAUCGUUCAGAGUGCAGUGAUUUCAGAAUGUAAAGAAUUCUUUGGCUUGAGCCCCACAGAUGUUCUCACUGACCUGUGUUCCUGAACUAUGAAACAUGAAUAUGUGGUGGGCUACUAAGGAAUAAUUUCUCUCAGAAGUAUAU